UACAAACCAGUCUGGUACAGUUUGCUCACAAGAAGGAACCGGCUGUACAUCUCCCGAGUCUAUUAUAUCUGCCCAGUUGCUUAACCGACACACCUUCCAUAUCGCAUAUCUCUAAAAACUUCAUUUAAAACCCAUUCACAUGCCAAUCCUCGGCAUCGGUGUCGAUAUUUUGCACCUUCCUCGUCUCAUCAGUCUAUUGAGUCGAAGGGGAUCCGAAGCAUUUGCUACGAGAAUUUUAAGCUCCCAGGAAUUACGAACAUUCCAGUUGCUCGUAGAACAGCAUGGAAAAGAUGAGACCAAAGGGAUUGCACAGUUUUUGGGUGUGCGAUGGGCGGUGAAAGAAGCUGCGUACAAAGCGUUGUAUCCCAUCCGCCCUACCUGGAAGGAGGUGACAUACUUGUCAUUCAAUGGAACCACUGGCGUAAAACCAACACUUGUUUACCAUCCCGUACGCAAUGAUGUCGGACCAGCGAAUAAAUUGCAUGUUUCAGCGAGCCACGACGGAGAUUAUGUCUACGCACAGGUUAUCGCAGAGUCGACGUGAUUUGACGUCUAUCAUCCUUCAAGAGUGAUGUGUCUAGUCCGAGAUGAUACAAAGAAUCCAAUCUAUGAUCCUAAUUAUACUAGGCUGUUCAGAUCAUGUGCCUCGUCAGGAGGCUGCUCGGGCCACCAAUCUGCCCACAAAGGCUCCACCUUCCACGACUGUUCCCCCUUUUCCUCAGCAACCAACGCUAUAUCAGGACGCAAAUGUUCUAGUCGCACCAAGGCCAAGCCAACGCUUGAUCCCAUACCUGGAGC